AUGUCUAAAAGGAUAUUUUUUAACGCUCUGAUGAUAUUGGUGGUGUAUUUUCUAACAGUUUUUCACCAAAAUGCUAUCGCUGCUACCACUUCAACAAAAACAUCAAUUGUAAUCUCGGGUACUAUUUUAAAUGCUGGAAAAGUACCUCCAAUACCUGCCGAUGAUUUGCCAAAUCAGAGUGCCACCAUCACUAAUUCAUAUUCUAGCGUCACCUCUGGUAUAACUCCGAGUUCGACCGCUAGUGUUAUCUCGACUUCUACCAAGUCUUCGAAUGCAAAUAUAAUGAGAAACGGUGUUGCUGGGAUUAGCGUUAUUGUUGGUGUGCUCGGUUGUUUUAUUGUCAUGAAGUUAUUAUAG